GCAAUUCUCAGUUUCUUUUAUUCAGAGAAACCAAAACAAUCUCAGUCUCUCUCUAACAAACAAAUAUGAUAAACGGCUGGAGAAGAGCUUUUUGCACUUAUAUUCCCAAAGAAACUAACCAACUCAACGACGACGACAACGGAGUCGUUGUUCUUGAUUCGCCGGAGAAUCAUCGUCUCCGCCACAAAUCCACUUCUCGUUUCGGUUUUUUCUCAACUCCUUCCACUCCUCGUUCUGAUUCCUCCACCGGAAAUUACAGUCUCCGUUGUCGUACUUCAACAGCCACCUCCGUCGCCACUCCUACCCCGUCUCUUCCCGGAACUCCGAAGCUUAAGUGCAAAACCACCACCGGAGAAAAAGAAACAACACCGAGAAACAGAAGCCUCGUCUCUCUUUUAACACCUUCUUCUUCUUCUCCUAUCUCUCCGGCGAGCUUCUCCCUUCUCAAAUCCAAACUCCGAUUCAACAAAAGUAGUAGCAAAUGUGGAAUCUGUUUACAGAGUGUGAAGUCAGGUCAAGGCACGGCGAUUUUCACGGCGGAGUGUUCUCACACGUUUCAUUUCCCUUGCGUUUCCUCACGCGCCGCCGCGAAUCAUAACCGGCUUGCUUCUUGUCCGGUUUGCGGUUUCUCGCUUUUACCUGAGAUUCGAAAUUACGCUAAACCGGAAUCUCAAAUCAAACCGGAAUUUAAGAACAAGUCUCUUCUUCUGAGAGUUUACAACGACGACGAAGCUUUGAUUUCGUCUCCGAUAUCUCCCGCCGGGUUCCACACCAUACUUGAAUCCGACGAAAACGAAGACGGCGAUGAGUUUACUGGAUUUUCCGUUAAUACUCCGUCACCUUUAACGGCGAAUCUGUUAACGGAUAGAAACGUUGACGUUAGGCUCUCACCGGAAUCUGCUAUCGUUGCGUCGGGUAAAGGUUACGAGACUUACUCGGUCGUUAUGAAGGUGAAAUCGCCGCCGUUUCCGACGGCGCGUGGAUCUGCGCGUAGAGCGCCGGUUGAUUUGGUGACGGUUUUAGACGUGAGUGGGAGAAAUUCCGGUGAGAAAUUGGAGACGAUGAAGCGGACGAUGAGGAUUGUGAUUUCGAAUCUGAGAGAGACGGAUCGUUUGUCGAUCGUCGCGUUUUCGUCUAGCUCGAAACGGCUAUCGCCGUUACGGAGGAUGACGGCGAACGGGAGGAGAUCGGCGAGGCGAAUCGUGGAUAUCAUCACCGCUCCAGGCUCCGUCGCCGGCGUAGGGAUGAGUGUGAACGACGCGUUGAAGAAAGCGGUUAAGGUGUUAGACGAUCGCCGGCAGAAAAACCCUUUCACCACCGUCUUCGUAUUAACGGAUCGUCAGGCCCAUCAAGCGGCCCAAUUAGCCCAUUCUAGAAUCCCCGUGCACACCGUUUGGCUGACCCACGCGUUUCCCGAAGACGCGUUUGCGAGGAGCAUCAACGGUUAUUUGAGUUUGUCGGUUCAAGAUCUCGGUUUAGAACUCGGGUUAGUUUCCGGGACGGGUCAAGGAGAGAUCACUUCUGUUUACUCUCUAUCGGGUCGACCCGCUUGGCUUGGAACCGGUUUAAUCCGGUUAGGUGAUAUGUACGCGGAGGAAGAAAGAGCGUUGCUGGUUGAAAUCAAAUCACCGGUUAAUAAUUCCUUAACCGGAAGUAGAUCUCACAAAAUCAUGACCGUUAGAUCUCGUUACGUGGACACAACAACUCAAGAAACAAAAACACCCGAAGAUCGCGCGCUUUUAAUACCUACUCCAUUAACCGUACGAUCAUCAUCUAAUCCAAACAUCUCACGGCUCAGAAACCUCCACGUAAGCACUCGGGCCGUGGCGGAGUCUCGUCGGCUGAUAGAGCGUAACCAUUACUCCGGUGCUCAGAGACUGCUGACAUCAGCAAGAGCUUUGCUUGUGCAGUACGGUUUGAGCUCGAGCGAUGCAUGUUUACGUGGCUUGGAUGCUGAGCUAGCUGAUCUUAACGGUGUGAGAGGAAGACACGUGGCGGCAUCGGAGAGUUUGGAGUCGCUUACUCCGACGUCGGCAUGGAAAGCGGCGGAGAGGUUGGCUAAAGUGGCCAUGGUGAGGAAACAUAUGAACAGAGUCAGUGACUUGCAUGGGUUCGAGAACGCUAGAUUCUAAUAUUUGUUAUAAAUAAUAUUUUUCUUGAUUAGGUUAAUUAAGAACUUUGUGUAAUGAUCUUAUACAAACAAACUAGAGUGGUGCAUAAAUGAAAGUUAUAUAAUUUGGUCAAAUGAUAAGU